AUGUUGGUUAAAUCCUAUUUUAAACAAAAAAUAUUAAAGGCUUCGAAAGCGCAUACACAAACAUUUAUGGUUAGAAUAUUUAUCGAGACAAUUCCAAAAAUUGAGGAUAUUGCUGUUAGGCAUGUAAUGGAGGAUAUUUUAUGGCUUUAUCUUACGUAUGAAUUGGUGCAUUCUUCUGAAGGCUUUCUUUCUUCUCAUCAAAUGAGUAUUAUUCGCAAAAAAUUGUUUACUAGCUUGGCCAAAAUCCGCCCCAAUUCAGUAGCUUUAGUGGAUUCUUUUGAUUUUACAGACAGAGAAUUACGUUCAGUACUUGGAAGGAAGGAUGGCCAAGUUUAUGAAAAUUUGCUUGAAUGGGCAAAGAAAUCGCCUUUGAAUGAGCAUGAUGUAAGGGUUCUUUUAAAUUAUAGGGGAAAUUUUAAAGAGAAGGACGGGGAAGUAAGGGACACUGAUUAA